CACCCACACCCACACCCACACACUAUUGUAGCCUAUGCCUAGACCUACUAAAACCAUUAUUUGUAUGUCAUCAUCAAAGGACUUUUUAUAAAAAUAUGAAGAAAAUAAAAAGUGGCUUAAACUUGUCAUUGCCACUUUAUAAUGAUGGAUAAUUCUGUUUUCCGUCAUCCUCUAUCGUCAUUGAUAACGAUUAGUGGACAUUCUACAUCUAAGCGACUAUAAAUAUAAUAUAAUAUGUUACUACAUUCUUACAUGAUCAAUUAAUUUUUAUUAUACAUUAAGUUGUUUAUUUCUAUCUUGUAAUAUUUUAUUUUUUUUUUGAUAUUAGCUAGUGAUAGUACAUAUUUAUUAGUAAUAUACAUUAAUUUUUGUAAUCUUCGUAGUGAAUAUUUCCUAUAGACGAAUUAUAUUCUCUUAUCUAUUCAAAAUUUGUUGAAAUUUUUAAACUUACAUUUUCUUAGAACAAGUUGUAAUUUCAUAAAACUAUUAAUAUAAGAUUAGAUAAAAUAUUACAGAAUUGAGAUGAUUAAGUUUUUAAGGUUAUACUGUUAAGUAUUCAUAUACCGCCAGGUGAUUUAUAUACAUACGUAAGAGUAUCUCCUAUCACCCAAAUAUUUAUCUAUGACGAUUGCUUUGUACUAAUCAUUAUUUUCAUAUAGGAUUAAGUAUUUAUUUUCAAUAGAAAACUGCUGUCUAUACUUAUAAUUGUCAAUACAAUAGAGAAUCUUAUUAAUAUAAGCAGUAUGAUUUUAAAAAAUAAGCAAGUUAUUUUCUAAAUUUAUUGAAUACAUGCAUGACAAUAGUAAUUAUUCAACUGAUUAAUUUUGUUUAAAUAACAUUUCUUUUUCUUAGUCAAUCAUAGUUUGAUUUUUGAUAAAUGCGAGCAUGUAAAUAUUUAUGUGCUCGAGCGAUCCGCGCGUCUUUAUUGUUCUAAAAGAAAAGAAUAACCUUUUUUUCUUCGCUUGUCAUCAGCAUUAUUUUCAAUCAUUGACUUGUGCGUAGUCAUCUUUUAUUAAGAGAAAAGAAGUAAGGAAAUCUCUUUCUAAACGUAUAUAGAUGAUUUUAUAUUUCAUGAUAAAGAUAAAGCUUUCUAAAUGCUCAUUUCCUUUUACAAUUAAAUAUACAAAACAAAUCAAUCUUAUAAGUUAACAGACAUUUCUGUUUUCUCUCAUUUCUUUUAAUAUAAUCAUAGAAAAUAAUCAAAUUUCUUUUGUUUGUCAUUACAGCUCAUGCAUAAGCACUUUUUGUUUUUUUUAUAUUCAUAUAAUUCUAAUUCUGCUGACAUUUCUCUUUUUCUACAAAAAAAAAUCUAUAUUUAGAUAUGACUAUCGAAUAGGGAACAACGUAGAUCAACAGAUGUUUGAAAAAAUAGAUAAAAGAAGAACGCAGGUGCUCUAGUCAUCUUUCGUAAAAUAGCCUUGACAAAAAGGAAAAUUCACAUCAUCAACUAAUAAUUAAACAUUUUUUUUUAUAAAACAUCUUAUCCAUGAUUUUAUUUGUAAUUCUUUACGUAAAAUAAGUACCGUGGAAUGUGGUAGUUAGCAGUCUAUUUUCUCAUGGUAUAUAUAUAUGACCUUUUUUUUCAUUCUUACGUUUGUAUUACAUUUUUUUCUGCCGUGACACUUCCCUACAUUUCGUUUUCAUGUAUAGAACGAUACAUAAAUUAUUUGAAGAAUUAUCGUUGAGAGGAUGAUGAAAACUAUUAUGUGACACUUUUAUUUUGUAUGUCGUUACAUAAUUUUAUACAAGUUCUGAUAGUUUUUUAAGUUUGAAUAUAAGUUUCGUUUCUUCUUCUUUUAGACUUGAAUUUGAUUAUGGCAAAAUAAAAAGAUGUAUACGUGAUUAGUGGAACUCAAGAAGUAAAAGGUGAGAAAAACGAAAUAGUAUUUUAGAAUAAAAAAUAAAUGAUAUUCAUUUUUAAUAAUAGCACCAUUGGUAUGUUCAAUACGUCUUCUACUUGCUUGUUUGGCACUUCUUGGUUUUUUUCUUUGUUAUGCUCAACGAAAUGGACUUUCUGUUAGCAUUGUUUGUAUGGUUGAUCCUGAUGCGGAUAAUGUAACUUUAUCAAAGGAUAUUAGUUCUGUUACUGUUCCUCGUAAUAUCCCACCUUCAUGUCAUAAACAUACAGCAAGUCAAGUUCUUCUAUGGCCAAAACAAACACGUGGUGUUAUUCUUGGUUCAUUUUAUUAG